AUGACACUAUUCUGUCCCAUCAACAUCAGCAUCAGCACCAGCAUCAGCACCCGCACCAGCAUCAACACCAGCAUCAGCAGCAACAACAACAGCAACAACAACACCACCAACACCAACAACAGCAGCAUGCAACCCAUCAAGCCCAUCCUGGCCAUCCGAAUCACGCACAGCAUCAGGCACAUCCUCAACAACAAGCGCAUCACCAACAGCAUGCAGGUCAUCAAACCCAUCAGCAACAUCAGCAACAUCAGCAACAGCACCAACAACACCAACAGCACCAACAACACGCGGCACAUCCGGCGCUUCAAGCUCAUCCGGCACACCCUGGCCAUCAGGGCCGCCAGAGCCCCUCCGCAGCCACAGCAGUUGCAGCAGGUUCAGCAGAUCAACCAGGUGCAGGCUUCUCCGCAACAGCCUGCCGCAAACAUACCUCAACAGCAAGGAAAUCAAGCAGACAGCGAAAUGGACGUCGAUGGCCAUCAGGAUGGGGAUACAGAUACUAAUGGACUGGAUUCGAAACUCAUGAGCCCUUCUUACAUUCCGUCACAGCCGAUGGGGGAGAUGAUGUCUCCGCCACCCGAAGGUGGAAGCUAUCCUACGUUGGAAGCGGUGCAGAAAGCAGUGCUGCGAUACUGCACCUCUGUUGGUUACGCUAUUGUUAUUGGCCGCUCCAAAAAGACGGUACCUGGGUUAAAAAAGGUUCUCUUCGUCUGCGACCGUGCCGGAAAACCACCAAGCCGCGUGAGUCCGGAAUCUCGAAAACGCAAAACAUCGUCACGGAAAUGCGACUGUCCCUUUGGCUUCUUCGCGAUUGAACAGCGAACCCAGUGGACCAUUCGCUACCGCCCUGAUCCCGCACAUCUGCAACACAACCACGGGCCAAGUGAGAGCCCUUCGAAUCAUCCAGCAGCCAGAAAACUGGACAGCAAGAUGGUUGCUGCCGUGAAACAGCUCAAGGAAAACGGCGCAGGCGUAUCUGAAACACUAACCAUUCUGCAAAACGAAAACCCCGAUUGCCACCUCUUGCCCAGAGAUAUCUACAAUGCCAGGGCUGCUAUAAACCGGAACCCCCAGAAAGUGGCGACGGGCUUGGCAGAGAAUAGGCCGGCCAUAUACACCAAACCCCAACAGUCGCCAGAGGACCGGAUUCGUGCCGAUCUCCGACGAGAACUUGCCAAAUCACGCGAAGAUAUGCAAAAGAUGGAGGAAGAGAAUCGGAAAGAAAUCGAGAGCCUAAAAUCUCAAUUAGCGGAAAAGGAGAAGCUGAUUAAGCGCUUCGAGAUGUUCAUCGACAUUUGUAAUGAAAGAGUCAUGGUUCAACGGGAGAGACUUGCAGGAACAGACGGUGUCUCGGCAAUCGGGGGAAACCCAGGACCUUGA